UACUCGAGGCGGUGCUGUUGCUGGUAAGUUUAUAGCCCAAAUAGUAUUUUUGGAGCUAUAAUCGAGCAUCAAACUCUCCAUAUGACGAAGAUAGGUGUUUGAUUAGAAAGGGUAUAUUUCUCCUAUAACAGUUUUGCUCUCCUACAACACUACAUCACACGAAAAGAUUACUUCCGCCAACAACCAGUAAAAAGUAGUUUCCACGUGAAACCCACAAAUCAUAAACUUUAAGUAAAAAUAACUUACAUUCAUAUGAGAUAAGAUAACGAACUUUUAGGUACACUUCCUUUUACAAGUGACUUGGCUCUAAUUGACUCUCACGUUCUAUCUCUCUCAACGUCGUCUCAACCACUCGGGAGAUAAUAAAUUUAACCUUGACCACAAAUUCAUUGAUCGCUGGUCUUUUUUUUUUCUACCAGAAAUCUAAAAAUUAUUCAAACAAAAGUGUCAAUUUUUGACCCGCAAUCUGCUCCGCGCGGUCAUUACCUGAUGACGAACCUCAAACAGCUCGCUCAGUUAGAGCGCCGAGCAAGAUAAGCACAAUGUGCAAGUCACCCGCGAGUCGAGCCCGUGACAAGACUAUAACUCACGCGGCUCCCAGGGGACCUGCCCAAGUCAAGUGUUAUCAUUCCGCCAGUGGCUGCCGAGCAGUCAAGUUCGUGUUCGGGAGCUCUCUUGAAGGUUCGAGUGAUACUUUACCGUGUAUAGUUUGGAAUUUCCCUACCCCAACAGAGGCAGGCAGCGUUAAUCAGUGUGUCGGCCAAAGUGUAGAUGAUUAAGUCAAGUGAAACGCACGAAGUUGCAACCCAAAAGUGAUUAGUUAGGUUUAAUUACCAUGCCAAAAUGGAGUCAAUUCGGCGCAAGUUGGCUCCGAAUCCGCGGGAAAGUGCCAACUUCCUGUCGGUGUUGACGUUCUGGUGGACGAUCGACCUGUUCAAGAAGGGCUACACCAAAGUGCUGGAACUGCAGGACCUGUUCCGGCCGCUGGAGGUGGACAAAUCGGACGCGCUCGGCGAUCGGCUGGAGAAAAAAUGGUUCGCCCAACAGUCCGGCCCGGGCCGACCCUCCCUCAUCAAGGCCAUCUUCAAGACGUUCUGGUGGGAGUACACCGUGCUGGGGUUCAUCGCCGUCUUCAACGACAUCUUUAUCCGGCUGGCCCAGCCGAUCUUCCUGGGCAUGCUGCUGCAGUAUUUCAGGCGCGACAGUAACGUGAGCCGCGAGAGUGCCCUGUACUAUGCGGGCGUGAUCGUGGGGCUGAACGCGCUGAGCGUGAUCUCGAUCAACCAGUACAUUCUGGGGAGCUUCCAGAACGGUAUGAAGGUGCGCAUUGCGGUGUGCAGUGUGAUCUACCGGAAGGCGCUGCGGUUGUCGCGGACGGCGCUGGGCGAUACGGCACCCGGGAAGGUCGUGAACCUGCUAUCGAACGACGUGAACCGGUUCGACAUUGUGUCGGUGUUUCUGCACUCGAUGUGGUCCGCGCCGCUGCUGGCGAUCAUCGUGGGAGUGUUGUUGUAUGUUGAGAUUGGGGUGGCCGGGUUGAUCGGGAUGAUCGUGAUCUUUAUCGUAACGCCGAUUCAGGCGUACACGGGCAAGUUGACUUCGCGGUUUCGGUUGCAGACGGCGCUGAGGACCGACGAGAGGAUCCGGUUGAUGGAUGAGAUUAUUUCCGGGAUUCAGGUGAUCAAGAUGUACGCUUGGGAGAAACCGUUUGCAAAGUUGAUUAAGUUGGCCCGUAGGAUGGAGUUGAAAAUCGUCAAGAAGAGUGCGUACGUGCGGGGUUUGUACAUGACAUUUUUGUUGUUCACUACGAGGACGGCUUUGUUUUGUACGAUGAUGGCGAUGGUCCUGCUAGGGAAUGACCUCACCGCGGCCAAAGUAUUCGUGGUGGCCAUGUACUUUGGCAUCCUCGCCAACACAAUGUCCGCCAUGUUUGUGCGAGGUAUCGCCGAGAUUGCUGAAGCCAUGGUCGCGAUGAAGCGCCUGCAGCGAUUCUUGGAGUACGAGGAAAAACCCGGCGAGCUUCCCUCGGUGAAGGACAAGUUCCUCCAGGAACUUGGGGUCAACGGGGACGUUUCAGAAAAGCAGAAACUGAUCGAGUCCGACACCCAACUCCCACCGAAUGUAGCAAUCUCAAUGAAGAACGUAACCGCGCGGUGGGGUGCAGUGAAACAGCAAGAAAAUCCAUCCAAUCCGGCGUCAAAGAACGGAACCGCCCAAGUUCCUAAAAUUGUCGAAACCGUAAAACAAAUGGACGAAGAGGACGAAUCGUGGAAGUCGGCGACUCUCGCCAACGUCAACCUGGACUUCCGCAAAGGCAUCCUUAUCGGCGUCAUCGGUCCCGUUGGCGCCGGCAAAUCGUCCCUCCUGCAAGCCAUCCUCAAGGAACUCCCCGUCGAGUCCGGGUCGAUCGUCAGCAAAGGCAAGCACGCCUACGUCAGCCAGGAACCGUGGGUGUUUGCCGGCACGGUCCGCCAGAACAUCCUGUUCGGCCAACCCAUGGAGAAGGAACGCUACGACGCCGUCGUGCAGGCUUGCGCGUUGGUUCGCGAUUUCGAGCAGCUGCCACACGCGGACAAGACAAUCAUCGGGGAGCGCGGAGCGGCCCUGUCCGGUGGGCAGAAGGCGCGAAUCAGCUUGGCACGGGCCGUGUACCGGAGGGCGGACAUCUUCCUGCUGGACGAUCCGCUGAGUGCGGUGGAUGCCCACGUGGGACGGCAUCUGUUCGAUAUCUGUAUUGGACCGCGCGGGCGGUUGGGCAAGAUGAAAACCACUCGAAUCUUGGUGACCCAUCAGGUGCACUUCCUGAAGGAGGCCGACUGGAUCGUGGUGAUGAAUGAGGGUAAAGUGACGAUGCAAGGCACCCCGCACGAUCUGUCCCGCAACGGGAUCGACUUUGUCGAACUGCUGGCCAAGCUGGAGGAGGAAACGGGAGAUGGCGAAAGCUCGAUCGUAACGUCCGGCAAGCGCAGCAGGCGGGAUUCCCGUGCCUCUUCGCGAUCGAUCGCUUCGUCGUCGCAGUCGCUGGACGAUUUCGACGAUGAAACGCUUGAAGGCGACAAGAGUGAGAAGGAAAAGUCCAAAUCUCCCGAGGACAAUCAGAACAUUGAGAUGAGCUCGAAGGGCACGGUGCAGGGAUCGGUACUGCUGAACUACGUGCGUUGCGGCGCGAAUCCGUUCGUCGUGUUUGGGCUGCUGUUGCUGUUUAUCGCCACGCAGAUUGCGGCCAGUGGAGCGGACUUUUGGGUUGCCUAUUGGACCAGUCAGGAGGAGCAGCGAAUCUUCCUGCGGCAGAACGGGACCGAUGCAGUGGCGUCGGUCAGGGCGAACAGCUCGGGAGUUCUGGAAGCGACGGUGCCGGAGGGAGAUUUCGUGGAGGAACCACUUCUUAGCACCGAACUGUGCAUGGCCGUGCACGGAGCCCUCGUGAUCAGCGUCUUCCUGAUAGCAAUCUCAAGAUCAAUCAGCUUCUACCAGACGUCGGUGCGGGCGUCCCAGAACCUGCACGACAGCAUGUUCAACGGGUGCGUGUCCACGUCGAUGCGCUUCUACGAUACGAACCCGUCCGGUCGAAUUCUGAACCGCUUCUCCAAGGACAUGGGCUCGGUGGACGAGCUGCUGCCGAAGGCGAUCCUGGACGCGACCCAGAUAAUCCUCAGUAUGGUCGGGACGAUCGUCGUGACGGUGAUUGUCAAUCCGAUGUUUUUGGUCCCGUUGGCAUUUUUGGGGGUGAUCUUUAUCUACUUGAGGAGGAUUUACCUGAAGACGUCGAAGAACAUCAAGCGGCUGGAGGGAAUUACGCGAUCGCCGGUGUUUUCACAUUUGGCAGCUUCGCUGGCGGGUCUUCCCACGAUCCGUGCCUUCGCGGCGCAGGGCGAGCUGAUCAAGGAGUUUGACUCGCAUCAGGACCUGCACACGGCGUCGUUCUACAUGUUCAUUACGAGCGCCACGGCGUUCGGAUUUGCGCUGGAUCUCCUCUGCCUGGUAUUCGUGCUGAUCGUGGUGUUUAGCUUCCUGUUGAUCGACACCAGCAUACUCGGCGAUCGCGUCGGAUUGGCCAUAACGCAGGCGAUGACCCUCACCGGUAUGAUGCAGUGGGGUAUUCGACAGAGCGCCGAAGUGGCCAACUUUAUGAUGUCCGUCGAGCGGUUGCUGGAGUACCGGGACUUGAAGCCGGAAAAGCAACCCGAUCAACCGAGGCCGAUGAACAAGAGUUGGCCGGAGUCGGGGCGGAUUCGGUUCAAGAACGUCAGCUAUCGCUACUUUGAGGGCGGUAGCUUGGUGUUGAAGAACCUGGACUUUGAGAUCAACCCGAAGGAGAAAAUCGGGAUCGUUGGACGUACUGGGGCCGGAAAAUCUUCCUUGAUCGGAGCCCUGUUCCGAUUGGCCCAAGUCGAGGGCGAUCUGCUGAUUGACGGAGUCAACACCGGUGAAAUUUCGCUGGAGACGCUUCGGUCGAAGAUUUCAAUCAUCCCCCAGGAUCCGGUGCUCUUCUCCGGAACCCUGCGUAGAAACCUCGAUCCGUUUGAGGACUUCCCCGACUCGGAUCUUUGGAGUGCCCUCGAGCAGGUCGAACUGAAGGAGAUCGCCAACGGUCCGCUGGGACUGCAGAUGGCGGUGGCCGCCGGGGGUUCCAACUUCAGCGUUGGCCAACGCCAACUGAUCUGCCUAGCUCGUGCCAUCCUGAGAAGCAACCGGAUACUGGUUCUGGACGAGGCGACCGCAAACGUAGAUCCCACCACCGACCGCCUGAUCCAGGAGACGAUCCGCAUCAAGUUUGCCGAGUGCACCGUCCUGACGAUCGCCCACCGCCUGCACACCGUCAUGGACUCGGACCGGGUGCUGGUGAUGGACGCGGGCGAAUCGGUCGAGUUUGGCACGCCGCACGACCUGCUGCAAAUGCCCGUCGGCGUGUUCAAGGAGAUGGUCCUGGCGACCGGGCCCGCCGAAUCGGAACGACUCAUUGCGACGGCGAAGCAAAAGUACGAGGAAAUGGCCGCGGCGUGAGUCCCGGAGCAAGGGGAAGGUACAAAAAGUGUCCUUAAGAUUAAUGCGCACACAAUCUUCAUCGUGUUCGAAUGGAUGAAACCCAGUGAUCAAACAAAGAACAAUUUGUUAUGAAUCUAUAUUUUAACUUAUUAUUAAACGGAACUUGAGUGUCAAACUCGACUAGUUACCGAGGUAGUAGUUACUUAAGGCCAAGUUGUAUCAUCAUCAUUAUGUGAUCAAUCUGCUUCAUCUGAAAUUAUGUUAAUUCGAUUUUAAGACAAACAGGCGCGAAUUCAUCCGAAUGUUAUGUACGUACAACCUUAUUUACAACAGCAAAUAAUAAAUGUAUUUAAACAAAAA